CGCCGUUUCCGCCCUCGGCCAGCCCCACCUCUGCCGGCCCGCCCUCGCUCUCCGCCGCGCGGAGGAGCAAGUCCGGUAACCCCCACACUGGCCGGCACGGAGCGGGAGCCCCCCACUAGCUGCAGCCGGGCGCCCUGAUGCUGGAGCAAAGCAGGGUUCCAAGCCUGAGGAAGACAUACCCUUGUGCCUGCCUGCCCACUUCCCUCUUCUGGCUCUGCUAGUCUCUCAGGGUCUGGGUCACUGACCUUUGCUGCUCAGCUAAGGCUUCCGAGGACUCUACUUUCUCUAGACCCAUCCUGCUGAGUGAACCCAGGGUGUUGUUACACCUGAAGGGAGCGAGGAGUGGGCGGUCCAGGCACCAGAGCGAGAGCCCUGUGGGGGCCCCAGGCAGAGGAGUGAAACUGGAACCAUCAGGGAACAUGAGUGAAUUUUGGCACAAACUGGGCUGCUGUGUGGUGGAGAAACCCCAGCCGAAGAAGAAAAGGAGACGGAUUGACCGGACCAUGAUUGGGGAACCAAUGAAUUUUGUCCACCUGACUCACAUCGGCUCUGGGGAGAUGGGGGCUGGAGAUGGACUUGCCAUGACGGGUGCGGUUCAGGAGCAGAUGAGAUCCAAAGGAAACCGAGACAGGCCUUGGAGCAACUCGAGGGGCUUGUAGCUCCAACAGGAAUGGUUCUGCUGUCUGAAGUCUCCACUCUGUUCCCAGCCCAGAAGAGAUGCUGCCCCCACCAGAUCCUUCCUUGAACCAGUGCCCACAGGGCCCUCUUUUCUUUAUCUGCCUGAUAGUGCCUCAGAAGGCUUGGGGGCUGGACUCCCUCUGCUCCCUCUGGCUAGAGCCCCUCCUGGAGAUGGGGUCAAGGCAGCAGGACUGACCAAGUGACUACUGAUUGGCCAGAGGAGCUCCGCUGAAGCUCUGGACACUCUCAGAUCUGAAAUAGGAGUUUCUGGAAACCUGGAAUGAGGUCCCUUCUCCUGAAUGAUGGUCUGGGUGCCACCUGUUUUUAAACUAUUAACCUGGAACUCUUUAAAUGGUAGGUGGGCGAGGUUACCAAGCUGAAGCUGGCUUUUUAAAGAAGCUCCCUACCUCCCUGCCCUCCUCCUUCCUCCUGGAAUGAACUGAAGCAGCUGUCAAGCAGGGGCUGGGAUGGUGACCUCUGCGGAGUCUACUCUCUCAAUCUCAGGCCUGAAGCUCAAGCUCCUCAGUAUCUCUCUUGCCAAUACCAGCAUCUUUUCUCUAGUUAGACCUCUAACCCUGUUUCUGUAGCAUUGCUAACUCCCCAGUAUCUUUCCUUUUUUUAAAUUAAAUUUUUAAUUUGAGUUCUCUUAAUUACCCCCACCCUGCUGUUACCUCUGUUACAUCUUAACACCAUCCCUGCUAAGAACCUUAUUGUUUCCCAUUGAGGAAGAGUUAAGAGAUGGAUCUUAACCUGAUGGUAUUCCAAUUAAGCCCUGAGGACCUGGCCUGCGCUCCGCCAACCUCCCUGCUGGCCCGGGUGAGAGUAGGGAGAGGGAUCUGGAGAGAUACCCAGAAUGCAGCCCAACUAGGAGUUAUGCCUCAGGGUGGACUUCUUUCCUGACCAACAGGGAUGGAAGGUGAUUGAAAACAAUCAUCUAUGAGUUUAGGAAACUUAAGAUUCUCACAGCCUGGGAGCAGGGAGACCCAUAGAGCAAGGUUUGUCAAUCGAGACACUUGAUGCUUUGGACUGGGUAAUUCUUAGGAGUCCGGGACUGACCUGUGCAUCACAGGAUUGCUAGCAGUUAUCUCUGGCCCACCCUAAGUGUGAUAACCAAAAACGUCCCCAGACGUUGCCAAGUGCCUCCUAGGGAGCAAAAGCACCCCAGGUUGAGAGCCACUGCUCUAGAGUCAAUAUAUUUUUCUCUUAAGUGAUUUCUCUGUCCUCUCCCUACCCCCAUCCCAUUAUUCAUCUUAAGCCCGAGACUUGAUGAACUAGACCCUCUGUAAAAUAGGCUUAAUGGGCAUCCAAACAGUUCUUUAUUCAUUGUGUCGCUUGUGCUUGCAGGGGUUUUCUCUGUAGUGGACAUGUACUAUGCUGUUGCCUUCUUGCUCUCUGGAGGAGGGGUUCCCUGCUGUGGUGGCAUUGGGGAAGGGAGGGAGAGAAAAGCAGUAGAGCCAUAGACACCCCAGCACUGUCCUCCCCAAAUUUUAAGCUCUAUUUCUGUGCUCAGUGUGUGGAAUCAGACACAAAUAAGACUCAGGGAGUUUUGUCUGAAGAACAGGUCCCACUCCUCACCUGGCCGAAGGGUCUGCUUUAGGUGGGAAAGUAAUGGAGGAGCAGGGUCUUUAGGCACUUUGUUUUCUCAGGUGUUUUUUGUUCUGGCCCCUUCCUUGCCAGGAGAUUAGGAAGGCAGAACAGAGCUGAUGAGCUCCUGCCUGCCCUGUGCCCAGAAUGCAGGAGUCCCAGUAGCUCAGUAACAGGAAGCAUACUGUCUUGAUGGUAGUGGGGGGUCAGGGAUGUGGGAACAGAGGAUCCGCUCUAUUGAUUCCACCCUCCACGCAGUUUGCCUCCAUCUACAGUGACUGAGGUUCUAAUUUUUUCAAGUUUCAAGGUAUUUCCUGAAGUUUUUCAGGGCCUGAGAUUGCUCAUAGAGAUACAUCCCCAGUUUACUCUGUUCCAGUCUAGCUAGCUGCUCUGGAAAGUAGCUCAUCCUGUUGCCCUUAAGUAGCUCAAUAGCAUGAGGGUUUUACUAGAUCUAAAGGGUUGACAAGAUAGGGUAGAAAGACGGCAGCUCCUGGAAUCUCGUCACCCUGAUUUUAGGCCUUAUUCUUAUGCUGAUUCUUUGGACACAAUCUUUUCUUUGGUGCUCUCUCUCCUUUAGCCACCUUCUCCAGUGUGUAUGCUACCAUCACUUGACAAUAUUUAGAGUGAUGGGAAUAGGUUUGAGAGUCAUAAUUUAUAUUGAAAAUUUGUUGGACUUCUGAAUACAUUUUUUUUUCAAAUAAAAAGUUUAAGCAAAA